UUGCUUUAUUUCUGCAAAUAUCCAAAGCAUUUUUAUCUGUGAUAAAAAUAAGAUCAGAAUUGAAUUCUCAUAUAGUCAUCAUCAAUCUAAAUUGAACAGUCAAAUCCAAAUCAAACAUACAAUUGAAUUAAUGGCCGAUCGAGACAGAGGAGACUGGGAAUUCUAUCUCCGAACUCUGUCCAGUAGCGCCAGGGAUUCCAAUUUGGCCAGUGACCCUGCCUCUGAUCCUUCUCUUCUCCAAUCUAUUAAAAGAUUAUACGAGUUGUGUAAGCAAGAGAAUUCUGAGGAUUUGGUGGCUAGGGUUUAUCCUCAAAUUAAUAGGCUAUUUCAACGCUCUGUUAAUUCGCUUGCUCAAUCUAAGUCCUCUUAUGGACUUCUCUUACUGGCCAUUCUUCAAUUUUUUCUUGAUUUUGGUGAGGUGGUUCUUCAUGAUGCUGAUCCCAGUCUAAAGACGUUUUUCCGUUCAUGUUUGAGCCGUGAAUUUGCAGAUCCAGUUGUUGCAGAAGCAACUCUUGAUUUUCUGAAUGCAAACAAGAAAAAGCUCUUAACUUCCUUCUCCACUUUACUGCCUCAGUUUUUUCCUUUGUUGCUGAAGUUGAUUGCAUGGAAUGGAGAAAAAUUAGAAAAAGCAUUUCUGAAGGUUUUUCCAUGCUUGAUAUCGCCUGGCUCAUUUCUUCCAUUGUUUCCAUCCUUAGUGGAUUUGCCUAUUUUGGUAGUGGCACUAGAAAAGGUAGAACGCAGCUCAGGACCACUUAUUGGAAACAGCAUAGCCUUGAUCCAGAAGAGUACAGCUCCUGAGAUGCUACUUGCACUCAUGGAUGAAGCUUAUACCGGUUCAACCAUAGGAGAUGGUGGGGCAGAUUCUGAAUCUGAGGAUAGCAGCAGAAUAGAUGUAGCUGAUACUGUGUUUCUUGAAAUUUUGAAGGAUGAAAAUGAUGGGCUUGCUGAGCGGCACUGGACUUCUCCCGGGAUGGCUGCAAUUUUGCAGGCUACAGUCAAUAGUCCUCAGUCUGAUAGGCUAAAGCAAAUACUCAAAAUAACCCCACAGCUCCUUGACAUGUAUUUUGCUAUAGCUUCACAUGAGGUUAAUGAUUCUUUAAUCUGCGCAUUGAUUCCUCUAAUUAUGUCCAGAAACGACACAAUUUUCCCAGAAAAAAGAUUCACUUAUGAGGUCCGCAAGAGGCUUUUGGAGUUCAUGCUUUCUGCAUUUCAACGAUCCCCAAAUUUUAUUGCUCUCUUGAAGAAACCUAUAAUGGACAGGCUUGGGGAAGCUUAUGACAGCCCUGCAAAGACAGAAUUGGCAUUGCAGUUGUGCUGGGCCAUUGGGGAACAUGGUGGGGGUGGUGAGUCUCACAAAGAUGCAGCUCGCGAGCUCUUUGAGAAUUUAGAGCUACUUUUGUAUGAAAACCUAUCAUCUAGUCGCCUCGGCCUCAGGGAGUCGGCUCUUAGCUCUAAUGGUGAAAAUUCCAGAAAGUUGUCACAAUCAAGGCUUCUAUGUUUUGUUGUAACAGCUAUUACAAAACUUGCCACUUGUCACCGUGAAUUGUUACCAAGGGCACGUGUAUCCUUGGGGAAGGUAGCUCGAUCUCGAAUCUCGGAUUCAAGAGUCUGGAGGCGUGCUCGUGAUUAUUUGGGAUUAUUGAGUGAACCUGCUAUUAGUUUAUCCAUUUUUGGGACUUCAAGACCUCCACAUGGACACAUGCAGAAGCCUGGCACCGUUAACUGGAGUGAAGGAGGCACAAAGAUGAUUGCACACAUUCCAUUUUACAUUCUUGGCCAACAGGAAGGUCCACCUUUCCACGAUUUUUCCUUUGCAGAUGUCCUUCCAAAAAGAUGAUGGCUCCUUGUUCAAAAUAGAAUGCAUGUUUUAUUUUUCUUUUUUUAAUAACUUAAUUCAAAUUCUAGCAUUAGAAAAUGUUUGUUAUUUCUUAUUCUUUGUCUCCUAGAAAGAGGAUGAAGAUAGUUCUUUUGUCAUGGAACUGAAUAAUGUAUAUUUCCAUUUGUUUUGCGUUACAUAUCAUAUCAUACUUUGAAUAAGCAAAGAGUUCCAUAUUAUAAGGGCUA